CAGGCGGAUCUCGCGCAGGUGCGGAGUCCCGGGCUGCGGGCUCAGGAACAAGGGAUCCCUGACGCCUCUGUCCCUGUUUCUCGUUCGCUCCCAGCCUGUCAGUCUUGGUCGGAGCAGCAUCUCAGUCACCAUGUCUGCAGCCUGGAUCCCGACUGUCUGCCUCGGUGUGUGUCUGCUGCUGCUGCCGGGGCCCAUGGGCAGCGAGGGAGCCGCUCCCAUUGCUAUCACAUGUUUUACCAGAGGCUUGGACAUCAGGAAAGAGAAAGCCGAUGUCCUUUGCCCAGGGGGCUGCCCUCUUGAGGAAUUCUCCGUGUAUGGGAACAUAGUAUAUGCUUCUGUAUCGAGUAUAUGUGGGGCUGCUGUCCACAGGGGAGUAAUCAGCAACUCAGGGGGACCUGUGCGAGUCUAUAGCCUACCUGGUCGAGAAAACUAUUCCUCAGUAGAUGCCAAUGGCAUCCAGUCUCAAAUGCUUUCUAGAUGGUCUGCUUCUUUCACAGUGACUAAAGGCAAAAGUAGUACACAGGAGGCCACAGGACAAGCAGUGUCCACAGCACAUCCACCAACAGGUAAACGACUAAAGAAAACACCCGAGAAGAAAACUGGCAAUAAAGAUUGUAAAGCAGACAUUGCAUUUCUGAUUGAUGGAAGCUUUAAUAUUGGGCAGCGCCGAUUUAAUUUACAGAAGAAUUUUGUUGGAAAGGUGGCUCUAAUGUUGGGAAUUGGAACAGAAGGACCACAUGUGGGCCUUGUUCAAGCCAGCGAACAUCCCAAAAUAGAAUUUUACUUGAAAAACUUUACAUCAGCCAAAGAUGUUUUGUUUGCCAUAAAGGAAGUAGGUUUCAGAGGGGGUAAUUCCAAUACAGAUAUAACAUUGAAGAAAUACCUCUUUGUAAUGCUAAAAAGAAGCAAAGCAACAGACUUACGUAAUGAAUGCAGAUAUGGCAGAAAGAAUGAUAGUAGCACUACUGUUGCAUCUGCAGACAGACUUCUUAGAGGAAAAGCCUUGAAACAUACUGCUCAGAAAUUCUUCACGGUAGAUGCUGGAGUAAGAAAAGGGAUCCCCAAAGUGGUGGUGGUAUUUAUUGAUGGCUGGCCUUCUGAUGACAUCGAGGAAGCAGGCAUUGUGGCCAGAGAAUUUGGUGUCAAUGUAUUUAUAGUUUCUGUGGCCAAGCCUAUCCCUGAAGAACUGGGGAUGGUUCAGGAUGUUUCAUUUGUUGACAAGGCUGUCUGUCGGAAUAAUGGCUUCUUCUCUUACCACAUGCCCAACUGGUUUGGUACCACAAAAUACGUAAAGCCUCUGGUACAGAAGCUGUGCACUCAUGAACAGAUGAUGUGCAGCAAGACCUGUUAUAACUCAGUGAACAUUGCCUUUCUAAUCGAUGGCUCUAGCAGUGUUGGAGAUAGCAAUUUCCGUCUCAUGCUUGAAUUUGUUUCCAACAUAGCCAAGACUUUUGAAAUCUCGGACAUUGGUGCCAAGAUAGCUGCUGUACAGUUUACUUAUGAUCAGCACAUAGAAUUCAGUUUCACUGACUAUAACACCAAAGAGAAUGUCCUAGCUGCUAUCAGAAACAUCCGCUAUAUGAGUGGUGGAACAGCUACUGGUGAUGCCAUUUCCUUUACUGUUAGAAAUGUGUUUGGCCCUAUAAGGGAGAGCCCCAACAAGAACUUCCUAGUAAUUGUCACAGAUGGGCAGUCCUAUGAUGAUGUCCAAGGCCCUGCAGCUGCUGCACAUGAUGCAGGAAUCACUAUCUUCUCUGUUGGUGUGGCUUGGGCACCUCUGGAUGACCUGAAAGAUAUGGCUUCUAAACCGAAGGAGUCUCAUGCUUUCUUCACAAGAGAGUUCACAGGAUUAGAACCAAUUGUUUCUGAUGUUAUCAGAGGCAUUUGUAGAGAUUUCUUGGAAUCCCAGCAAUAAUGGUAACAUUUUGACAAAUGAAAGAAAAAGUACAAGGGGAUCCAAUGUAUAAAUCAUAUUCUCAUAAUACUGAAAUACUUUAGCAUAGCAGAAUCAGAUACAAAAGUGUAUUAAAUAUGGCAACAGCCGUUUAGGCAAAUGAGCACUCCUUUAAAGCUACUGCCUUCUGGUUACAAUUUACAGUGUACUUUAUUUGUUCAAAACACUGCUGUGGCUUCAUAAUCAUGGCCCUUAGAAACUCAGGAAAAGAGGAGAUAAUCUGGAUUAAAACCUUAAGAGUUCCAAUGCCUACUAAAUGUACUGAUAUGCAAAUUCUAUAGCUCAAUAAAAUAAUCUGAUACUUAGACCAAAAGCAA